AAAAGUAAAUUUAUUAAAUUCUCUUGAUUGGUCACUCUGUGGCGUGAGACAUGCCAACAACAGCAAGACGAUACUGACGACGAUCGGGAGAGAUGGGUCACGCCUGUCAGUCGACGCCGGGCAAUUUGCGAGUCAGGAUGAGCCGGAAUCGGCGGUGGUACUAUCGGAGUUAUUGGGAUAAAGUGUUGAAGCGACCGUAGUGGGGUACCGAAUUGUAUCUAAUUGGUGAAUCGAUUACAGUGAUGAAACUCAUGCUGCAGUUAGUUGGGACUAAUUGAAGAAAUUCGAUCAUGUUCAUGUGCAGUUUUAAGAAAAUAUAUAGCCCAAAGUGCUUCAAAUAAUGUUUUCUUCAUAGCAGCUCACCAUACCCAUACAAAGCAUGAUUCCCGCGAAGAUUGCAACAACACAGAGAAUUAGUAAGCAAGUGUCUAUCUUCAAACCGCGCCGCAACAAGUGCGUGAAAAAUGUGUGUCUUACCAUGCCGGCGAGAAUCACCGAGCAAAAGGGAAUCCAGCCAAAAACAUUCUUAUGAUGUCAAGAAAUUCCAACAACUCGAAUCAUCCAACGAUAGUCGGAGCUAUUCAAAGCAACAAACAAAACAGCCAUAAUAAAUCUGCGGCCCUACAUGUGCUGUCCGCUGCUUCCGCCAGUUCCGUUUCCCAGCCGCGGUUCACAGCGGCGGCAACGACGACGUCAUUGUUCGCUGCGUCUCAAUCUGGCACUAAUAAACCAGCUAUGCAAGAAGGGGUAGGGCAAUUAUCAUCGCCGCCGUCGUCGUUGGCUUUGUUGCCGAAGCGAAACAAAUACAGCGCGGAUGAAGCGGGAAGUGACGGUGGAGACAAGUGGCGGAGGCGGCAGCAGCCUGGUAGUCUGUCUGAUGGCAUUGGCCACGGCAGUAGUGCAGUGCCACUUCUCGGGGGUGGUGAUCGCGAUCUGAACCAUUCACCGACGGCGAAAGCGCUGAACCAAGGUUGGUGGAGUGCAAAUAUCUACGAGAAUGUCGUAAAUGAAAGCGCGGAAUAUCAACAACAGCAGCUAGGGUUUGGCGGUGGCGGCUACGGGAAGCUCAGAAAGUGUGAGGAGAAUAUCUACGAAAAUAUUUGCGAAGACUGCGGCCGGUUGUACAGUGCGGAAAAAUGUGCAUUUUGUGCCGUCGAGGACGAAGAAGACGCUGAGCGUGUGAAGAAAGUCUCCAACAAGUACAGUGCGAAGUUCCAGGAAUUCUUCGGGAAUUUCCGGAUCAGGCCGGUUAGGUUUGGCGGUGCGGCCAGUGUGACCGGAUCGGUGUCCAUUCAGGGCAAACGGAAGCUGUGCAAAAGUGACAUAGUGCAUAACGUGAACGGUUUCGAAGAUGUGUUCCGUACCAAUAAAUCUUUCGACCUUGGCGAAAUCUGUCGUAUGCGCGAUGACGUCCGCUCGCAGGUGAGCGUCGAUGAGGGGACUACAAAUCCGCACACACCCGACCGCGCAUUACACAAAAGUGACGAACAACUUACGUUGGAAAUUGCCCGGUCAACGACCAGCGUUUCAACGGCACCGGUAGCAGACACUCCAGAAGCAGCCACGGAAAGGAAAGCCACGGUGCCACGAUCCGCACCAUUGAUAGUGAGACGAAGUGUCAGUGAAAAUUUGAUCGAUUUUUCCGAAUCGCGAAAAAGUGAAACUGUUUAUGAAAAUUUGAUCCCUCCGGCGUUGCGGAGUACCAUCGAUCGGCGACGACUUGUGCACGGGCUUGUUACACCUAAUGAUGAUUAUGACGGGGCCCGUAGUUUUGACACGUUUCCCGUGAAUAACUGGAUGAUGUCAUUGUUGGCUGAGGCCGAAGAUUACAACGACGAUACUGUGGCUUAUCAUGUGAAAAGCAUUCCGUCCGCCACUUUCAACGAUAUUGGCGCUAACUAUUAUGGAAACGUUGAAGAGUAUGCUGGGAACAGUGAUUGCAACAGCCGUGAUAUAAUCUAUAGUGUUGAAGAGUUUCGCCAAAACGUUAUAAAUAAUAAGAAGCGACGAACCGCAGAAGACGAGGAAUAUGAAAAGUUUGAUCCGGUGGUGAUAAGCUACUGUGACGCCGAUUUCGAAAGCUAUAUUGAAGGGAACAAAGCAGAUGAUGAUCGGUCGGAUGGCACGUUAACGCCGUGCAGUUCCGCUCCGGGGGACAAGUCCGAGUUCGUUGCUGGACUGCUGAAUAUUUUCGAUGCAGCACUAAAUCGGGAAAAGGAAGACCCACGUCAAAACAACGCAGUUGAUACAAAUGGCCAUGCAAAUGACGUGAUAAAACCAUAUCGAGCCCAGGUAAACGAGCCAGAUAGCGACUGUGGCUCUCGGUUAUCGCACAGCAAACAACUCGAGCGAUCCAAACCCAGUGGAAAGCACAUACUGGUGCAAAAACAUUUACUCGCUGUUAGUUUGUGCCGUGUAGUGAUAACAUUCGAACGUCGGCUUAAAGCAUUCUUAUUUGUAGUCACGCUCGGGGAAGCAGUACGUACGCGAAAGUUGGUGCUUAAUAGACGUAGAACGUAUCUCAGCAUAAUGACCAACGAGGUUCACAAUUCGACGAGUGCGUUGCGCGAGUCUGUUGAAAUAGAUAAAUAUUUCCAAUUCCUGGACAAUAAUCGUGAUAUGGUUAAUCUGAUGGCAAUAAAUCGCCGUCGGAGGCGCAGAGGUGAGCCAAUACAUCCAGAGCUCCAGAGCAAUUCGUCGAACGAGAUCAGCUGCAGCAGUUCCACCAGUGGGGUUUUGUCGGAUUGCGGUACGUCACUGGACGAGAACAUCUACCAGCAGAUAUGGACGUGCAAAACCGAAGGCACCGAACCUGUUUAUGAAUCUCCCCAGGAAAAUAUUUAUGAAUCAAUCCGAAUAGAACCCGCACGAGAUGAGCACGAGUGGGAAGUGGUCGAUGACUUUGCCUUCUCCAAGUCCUCUCGCCGCACAUUGUGUCAGCAGCCUCCUCCGGUGCCGAAUCGCAACAUUCGUCAUCCCUUGGACCGAUACCGAAACGUUUGCAUACUCCACAGUCCAGCCGAGCCAAAUAUUAAUAGGAUAGUGUACAAUUAUCGACGUGAUUACAUUUUUGACUACCGCAAAGGUGAUUCAGAGAGCUCAAGUGCGUCAUCUUGCAUCGAUGACGACGAAGAACUUGAUUGCUGCGAAAGUUGUGCGGAGUCGGAUGACUAUGAGGAGAACGACGCAAUCAAGGAACAAGAGCACAAUUCCGGCAGUAGAAGAAUCUCUCAGUCACGUGGAAUCCCGGAGAAGCUCAGCUGCUAUUCCAUUCCAGACUGUGUCCAAUAUUGGAAGUUUAUGCUUCUCAAUGUCGACUACAACGAUGAUGAGGAGGACGUGAUUAUGACCGAGAAGACGCUUGCCGUUAUUGGAGAAAAUAUCGAUAAAACUGUUUUUCCAAACAUUCCACAACAGACUAGUCAAAUAACCAACCAAAAACAACCUCAAUCACCAUCAGCUGUCCCCUCGCAGAGACACAUAUUUUCAGGAUCAACUGCGGUGAAUAAAACGCAAAUUCCAGUAUCCGAUAGCUGUGCUGGAAAGUACACCAAAAGUGUCGAAAACCUCACCGAUGCAUCCGUCCCGCAGGAAAAGGAAAAAUCUCCCGUCCUCAAGCAGGAGCGGAUGCGCGAUAAACUGAUGAAAAAUCUUCAACUCAGCUCCUCCCGCAGUGCUGAAGAUGGGCCGGUUUUCGGUGUCGAGCUGAGCCAGGUGAGGCAGGACAACGUCCACCACGUGCCCCGGUUUGUGGUAGAAUGUGUGGAAAUUCUCAAACAGCCGGAAAACAUCGAAACCAGUGGGUUGUACCGAGCGUCGGGCAAUAAGAAUUCCAUCGAGAGCAUCAAGAAGAAGAUGAACGAGAAACGGUCGAAGAAGUACGAGUUUCUCAAAAAGCAGGACGUCCAUUCGCUGACCGGUUCGUUGAAGUUGUUCUUCCGUGAGCUCAAAUCGCCGUUGAUUCCCAAAGAUGUGUACGAGUCAUGUGUUCAGCAUACCAAAGAUGAAGUCAGAACUGAAGUUAAAACAAUCGAACAAAUUAGGUCGAGUAUAGGAAAAAUGGAAACCGUCAAUAGGAAAACCCUAAGUUAUCUCAUUGGACACUUACAAUGUGUACAUCAGCAUAGCAACGUGAACAUGAUGAACUCAUCCAAUCUGGCCAUAGUCUGGGGCGCUUGCCUGUUUGCCUCGACGCUGGGCCUUAUGGAAAGCUACGAGAACAACGACUUAGGGAAAAUCAAUACGCUUGUAAAGCAGCUGAUUGAUCAUUAUGAUCAAAUUUUCUAUGACAAAACGGAAUAGUCUAGUAAGAGCCUUAUUGGUCAAGAUUGUAUGUACUGUUAGUUUUUAAAUUUUGUUACGAAAAAAAUAAAUGCCAAAUACCAA